AUGGAUCCAAGUCCGUUCUUAGGUGGCAAUGGUGCUUAUACAUUAUGCAAACUAAUUGAGGUCAAUUUCUAUGAUAUAGCACUCUCCCUUGUCAUGAAGUUUCCAAAAGUUGCUAUAACGAAAUCAAAAUCAUUAGAAAUGUGCGGAUUGGAGAUGAUCGUUCGGAGGCCAUUUGCAUUUCAAAGCGGGGCUAAGCUGACAUGGUGGCAGAACCUCAUCUAUUCUUUAAUUCAAGUGGAUACCAAUUCUGCAUAUAUCGAACCAGUGGAACAAGCCGGGUGCACCAUUAGGGACGAAGAAAACCCACUAUCAGAAAACUUAGAUUGUGCAGAAGUAGAGGAAAGCUCCAAAGUCCCCAUAUCAACUACUUAUCAAGAAAUCGUUAUGUCCUACUUAACUCGAGGUUAUUUCCUUGAGAGAUACCUUAACUUUGACUUUUCAACUGGAAUCUUCGAACGAUUAUAUAACCAAAAGCUGGUGCACCAACAAGCAAUUGCAUUGAUCAAACAAAUGUUAAUGGAGAUAUGUAAGUUGACUACGUUAUCUAGGUUUUUGGGCGAUAAUCCAAACAUCAUGAGGAUAGCUAUAAAGCAUGGGAUCAUUGAAUUUGUAUCCGAGUGUCUUCAGAAGAAUGAUAAUCUAAUUUUUAGUACGAUACCAGGAGAAGGAUCGAUGAUACAAUUGGCUAUUAAAGAACGGAAAGAAAUGAUAGUGGAGCUCAUAUGUAAAUCUGGUGACAAGAUUGGAGAAAAGAUCGAUCUUCUUUCUCGAAGAGAUGCGGACAAAAAUAACAUAUUGCAUUACGCUGCCAAGUUAGCGCCUUUUGCUCAACUCAAUUUGGUUUCAGGUGCAGUGCUCCAAAUACAACGAGAAAUGCAAUGGUAUAAGGGGGUAGAGAGUAUGUUAGGUGAAAGUGAUAGGUUUACCAGAAAUACAAAAGGAGAUCCAGCUCAAUUCAUAUUUACAGAGGCACACAAGGACUUAGUGAAGGAAGGACGAGAUUGUUUGAAAGAUACAUCUGGAUCGUGCAUGAUAGUUGCUUCCUUAAUUGCAAUCGUAACAUUUGCAGCUGCUUUUACUGUUCCUGGAGGUAACAUCAGCGACAGUAACAGUUUUAUGAAUGGCACUCCAGUUUUUCUGGGUAAAUCUUCAUUUACUGUGUUUGUGGUGUCAGAUGCCUUGGCUCUAUUAUCUUCAAUCACAUCGGUGCUCAUCUUCUUAGCAAUAUAUACUUCAAGAUUCGCAGAAUUGGAUUUUCUGAAGUCUCUACCACAAAAAUUGAUAAUCGGCCUUGCAACUCUCUUUAUAUCUAUGGUGUAA